UAAACCUACUUCUAUCUAGGAAAAAAUAUCUCAGCACUGUGCUUCUUCUUCCCACUCCCUCUUCGUAUUCUCCCCCACUGGCAGCCAUUAAUUUCUGCAAGAACCCAAACGCCGUUUCACACUCAUCCAAAUCCCCACGAUCUUGAAAAUAUCAUUCUAAUUAACUCAUGUUUGUCUUCUCCCCUUCCCUGCCUCUUCGUCUCUUCUUCAUUGACCAUUUCCCGUCACCAGCGACAAGCGCCCUUCCGCCUCCUGUGUCCUCUCUGCACUUUCUCCUGCCUAUAUCUCACCUCGAUCCUUCCUUCCACAGGUCUCCUCCCACACCGAAGCCAACCCAACCACAAAAUGCCAUACCCUGCCAUUAGUCUUCUCCGCGCUGGAUGCCGAUGGGGCAGUAGGACAGAUUCGUCUUCUCCGCUAUGGCCGCUGAUGGGGCACUAAUACGGCACAUGGCUGUACAGUCGCUGCCCAUGGCAGCGAUCUAGACGACCAAAGGCCGGCACCCUCAAGCAUCAUCUCUAUUUUACCUUUAUCUCCGGCCCAUCACAUAGAUAUCCUAUCUGGUUCUCCGUCCUCUUUGAUGUUGUUACUUCACAGGUUUUCACAUCUCUGUGUCCUCCCGGUCUUCGACUACUCUGCAUACUCCUGCAUUUAGAAUUUGAUCUCCUCAGAGACAUUCUACCCUUCUAUUCUACAAUAUCGAUCGGUCUGAGGUCUUCUAUGCUAGGCACUGCAGACUAAUCGAAGACAUUCUUUAAACUAUUGGUUAACAAGUUUUAGUAAGUGGUGGAGGAGGUAUCUUCAUUCUUUUCAGAUUUAGCAUUCCGAAGAUAUAUUCAGUGCUAAACUGCCCAUGGGUGUAUCAGUAACGAAAAUCCUAAAUUGUUGGGCUACAAAAAAAUUGGUAUGUCUUUGCCAAAUCUUCCGUAUAAGUUGGAUUGUUUUUUCUCAUUUAUGUUGCGCAUAUACUUCGGGGGCUACAGGCAGAUUAGAUUGUAGAUACGCAGGUAAGUAAAACCAUGCGUCAUGCCAUGUUGUCCAUACUGAUUGAGUCAAAGAAUUUGAGGAAAUCUCCAUACUAUUGAACCUGGCCAAUGCCUUUUGGAUGGAAAAACAAAUGUUGAGUUAUUCCCUGACUUAUGUUUUGUAAAUAGGGCAGUGCUACUAUAUUUUUAUUUCAAUCUCUCUAAUUCUUAUACUCUCUCCGUCCAACAAAGGAUGUCUCAACUUUCAUUAAUUUUGAAUGCAUCUAUAUACUAAAUUAUGUCUACAUACAUCUAAAUUUUAACAAACUUGAGACAUCUUUUGUUGGACGGAGGGAGUAUUUGUAUACGGACUACUUGCAUCUUUGUAAUAUAAUCAUUUUUCAUUUUAACUAACAUUACUCUGUAUUAUAGUUGAUGCACAGAUUUCCUGCAGCAACGCGCGGGGCAUUGGCUAGUUUCUAACAGAGCCUGGGUGCUCAUUCCUGGCUGAAGAAGAAAAGGACUCGUCAAGAAAGCUCAUGUAGGUCACACUUUGUAGUCCCUCUGUUUUGUACUAAUUGACGUCGUUGUAGCCUCCCUCAUCUUUUUUCCAACAAACUGCCCUAUACUCAAUGUCUGCAAGAAUCUCUAUGCUUUAAGUGAUUCUUGUGCUCAAAUUUGAAAAUAUAUUUUCUAUUCGGAGAAAGCUGAAGAAGUCAGCUUUAACAAAUAAACCCAUGCGUACAAAAUCACGGAGUUAGCAUCACGGAGUUAGCACCGAUCAUGGUCUUGUAGAAUGGCUUCUUACAUCUUUUGAAGGAAACACAUAGAGAUCUGACCGGGUGUCAAUUGAUACAGAUUUAAGUGGAACUUUCAUUUAUUGAUUCAACAGCAUGAAUUUAAAGCAAUCCACGCAGCAGUUCCGGGGACAAAACUAGGGAUUCAGUGAAGUUGUGCAGUGAAGUCACGGACAGACUUUACCCUUCUUAUCAGCCGUCCAAACCAGAUCCAAGGGACAAGAUGGAAUCAAGACAAAAUACGCACAUGACUGCAGCUUUCGGGACUCAUCCGGCAGAGAGAAAAAGGCGGGGUGGGUUCCCGCGGGAAAGGGGCGUGAGCCAGGCCAAAAUUUCACCCAGGCGGGAUCUGCAGAGCUCCGCUCACCGCGCCUCGCGGGGGCGGGAUUUGCUCACCUCGUCAGUGGGCACGUCUACGCGCAGAGGAGGUUGACGCGGCGCUGCGGGGAAGGAGAAGAAAGGUGGGCUGCGGCAGGAGGAGUCAGGCACGUUGGCGCCGCCGUGGAGGAGAAGACUGGACCGAAGACUUUGUAGUAUAAUUGGGACGUCCGUAUAAUUGUGGGUGUUGUGCAAUGGCAAAUUCUGUUAAGGGGAUUUCUGAAGUUGGUAUGAGAUUCAGAAAUCUAGAUGAGGCUUGGAUGUUUUGGGUAGCAUAUGGGGGUCAUGCAGGUUUUGAGGUGAGGAAAAGGUGGACUAAUAAGAGCAAACUAGAUGGUAAAGUGACAUCAUGCAGAUAUGUAUGUGCCAACGAAGGUUAUCGUAAAAAAGUUGAAAGAGAAUCUGUUCGGAAGCAUUUUAGAGCUGAAACAAGAACUAAUUGUCAUGCUAGAACGACUCUUCAAUUGGAUCGAGGCUCUGGAAAUUUUAAUGUAAUUGAUGUAGUUCUUGAACAUAAUCACUUCCUUCACCUGCCACAAACACGUCACCUCAUGGCUUCCCAAAGGAAAAUUUCAGAAUUUCAAACUUUUGAAAUUGAAGCUGCCGAUGAUUCUGGAAUUGGACCAAAAGCUGCAUAUGAGCUUGCUUCUCAUCAAGUUGGUGGACCAUUUAAUCUCGGUUACACUUGUCGUGACCAUAAAAAUCUUUUGCAAAGCAAGAGGCAAAGGGAGUUGGCUUUUGGUCAGGUGGGCAUGUUGAAGUACUUUCAUGACAAAAUUGUUGAAAACCCAUCAUUUCAAUGCUUUGCAGCUAGAUUGUGAGGAGCACAUAACAAACAUUUUUUGGGUAGAUGCUAAAAUGAUGCUAGACUAUGCACAUUUUGGUGAUGUUGUCACUUUCGGCACCACUUUUGGCACAAACAAGGAAUAUCGGCCAUUUGGGGUUUUUCUUAGUCUCAAUCAGUUUAGGAAAACUACUGUUUUUGGUGCUGCACUGUUGUUUGAUGAGACAUUUUUCUCAUUUAAAUGGCUCUUUGACACUUUUCUGGCUGCACAUAAUGGAAGGCAACCUAGAACUAUUUAUACCGAUCAAGAUGCUACAAUGGGAAAAGCUGUAAAGGUUGUGUUCACAGAAGCAUAUCAUGGACUUUGUACCUUUCACAUAAUGCAAAAUGCUGUCAGACAUGUAUCUCCAAUUAAGGGUGAAGAGGAUGAUGAGAACGAACAGGGUGAAGACAAAGAAUCACAUAUUCUCACUGAUUUUGCAGCUUGUAUGUAUGAAUAUGAGGACAGGGCAAUAUUUGAAGAAGCAUUUGCCAACAUGAGGUGCAAAGUGCAUAAGCAAACUUGGUUGGAUAGUAUUUACAAAGUAAAAGAACAAUGGGCUGAAUUUAUGAGAGAUGUUUUCAGUUUGGGAGUGAGAAGUACACAACUAAGUGAGAGUUCCAACAAUUCAUUGAAGAACCAUCUGAAAUCUGAUUUCCAUAUUGUUAGAUUUUUGAAGCAUUUUGAAAGGACAGUGGAAGUAAAAAGAAGCAAGGAGCUGGAAUCUGAAUUUGAAGCAAGGAAAAAAAUACCAGCAAUCAAGAUGAGCACGCCUAUGUUGGUACAAGCAAGAAAAGUGUACACUCCAAUUAUUUUUGAAGCUUUUCAAGGUGAGUAUGAAAGAUCCAUGGCUGCAUGCACUAGAGUAUUGGAUGAAAAUAAAUAUGCUGUCGCUAUUGGUAAUUUGCAUGGUGAUUACACAUUUGAGGAUGAGUGCAUUGUGACAGCUGAUCUUUUGAACCAAAAUGCAACAUGUGCAUGUGGAAUGUUUGAAAGGGCAGGAAUAUUGUGCGGACAUGGACUGAAAGUUCUUGAUUUGAUGAACAUAAAGACAUUGCCGCAACAUUAUGUCUUGAAGAGAUGGACUAGAGAAGCACGUAAAGGAAGUAUAUUGGACAAGCAAGGAAGAGAUGUGAUAGAAAAUCCAAAACUAGAAGCCAUGCUUCGGUACAAGAAACUAUCUUAUAAAUUUCACAAUUUGGCACGUAAAGCAUCCUACUCUACUGCAUGUUGUUUUUUGUUAGAAAAUGCACUUGAUUCCCUUGGCCCACAAGUAGAGGAUAAACCAAAAGUACCUACUAGUCCUAUUAGUGAACCAAGUAAUGAGCAAGAAAAUGCUGACCCAAAUGUGCAGCAAACAGAUGACUUGCUAAGAGCUUCACAACUGAAGAAAAAAGUGGUUCAAUCCAAACAUAAGAAGAGAACUAGAACUUGACUUGAUAAGUUGCGAAAGGACAAGCGGAAGCUAACCAAACCUGUCGUUGCAAGCAAAAAAGGAGCAAAGGUACAACCUCAAGUAGAAGUGGAGAAUGAUGCCCGAAAGGAAGAACCAAACGUGAAAAAUGAUGAGUACAAUGUUAUUGGUAGUUUUACCCAGCUCAUCACAGCUCCUACUAUUUGUGAUGAUACUCUUUAUGGUGAGGAUCUAUUCUAGUGUCUACAUGUCGUGGUUACAUGUUAUUUUGAGGGUUAACUAUAGUUUGUUGGAUGUAUUUUGGGGGCUAACCAUAGUAUUUUGUGGCCUAAAUGUACAAGUGAAAUGGCCUAAUGUAUUAGAAACUGGAUGUAUUUUCGGUUCAGUUUUCGGUUCAGAUUUCCAAUGUAAUUAGUGGCCCCUCAAGUGCUACAGACUCAGUAUGAAGUUGUAGAAAAUUUCAGUGUUAAGGUUCAGAUUUGCUUCAA